GCUCUGCGCGCCGGGUGCGCAACCGCGCAAAGGCCCUCGUGCUCGGCGUCGUCGUCCUGUGCUGCUGCGCCGUCUCGCUGCCGCGCCUCCUCGGCUCGCGCUCGUCGUCGGCCGUCGACCUGCGCGCGUCCAUCGUCCUCACGGCGUACGAGACGACGGGCUUGCGGCCCGACUGGCUGCGCGAGAUCUGCGAGCGCUACUCGUCGCCGGACUACGCCGCCCUCGUGCGCGACGUCGUCCUCGUGUGGAACAACCCGGCCGCGCAGCUUCCUCCCGGGAUUCCGUCGACGGUCAAGGUGAUUCGCUCGAGGGAGAACAGCCUCAACAACCGGUGGCUCGCGGCGCAGCACGUCGACAACCCGGUCGUCCUCGCGCACGACAACGACCUCGUCCUGAGCCAAGCCGGCAUCCGGUGCAUGCUCAACGUCUGGCGCGACCACCCGGACCGCCUCAUCGGCCCGUACGCCCGUCAGCGAGUCGAUCUCGACUACAUCCUCGACGACCUCGUGUCGCGACCUGCGCCGUACCACUUUGUCCUGCCUCGGGCCCUCGUCGGCGCGUCGUCGGCCAUGGCCGAGUACGGCGCUCCCGAGCUUUCCGACCUGCGCGACUACGUCGACACCCAGGCCGCCCACUGCGACGACCUGCUCCUCAACCUUGUCGUCGCCGACCGGACACAGCUCCCGCCGCUGCGUGUCGCCCUUCCGCCGUCGAGCGUCAACGACUACGCCACCGUCUGCAGCCCGCUCGACCGCACGCUCUCGUCGGGCCUCGCCGACCAGGGCUCGCGCGCGCAGCUGCGCACGGCGUGCAUGCAGCACUUCCUGUCGGGCCCGCACUUUUCGCCCGACGUCUCGAGUCCGUCCAACGCCAAGAUUGCCGUCUGCAGCGACGACGGCGCGUCGUACAGCAUGUCGAGGCACGUCAGCCUGCGACGGUGGCGCGAGAUGGAGAAUGGCACGGCGGCGGCGCUCUGUCCCGAGCUCGCCGCGCAGCACCUCCCGCCACCGCAAGCUGUACCCGCCAUCAGCUUGCGCGCCGAGCUCGAGGAGUACUGCCCGGCGGUCGACCGCGCCCGCAUCGAGUGGAUCGAUGCGCUCGUCGACCUCAACGUGUGCGGCGCGGCCAAGGACGACGCGCGGGAUCCGGGGCUCGUGCCCUCGGCGCAGCACCAGUGUGGUGCAUGGUGCGUCUGGGACCUCCGACAGCCGACUCGAGCCGGGUGGCGGCUGCACGCGGGCGACUGCUGGGAGCGGUUCGAGGAGGGGCACGCCGAGUGGUGCGACGAGUGGUUCUGGCAGCGGCCGCGGUUCGACCUCGACGACUCGGAGGACUCGUAGCGAACUUGUGCAACUAGACUGUAGCUCCCUCUCUCUCUUC